CUCCCCCCCCCGCAGGGGGCGCUGCUGGAGACGCCCUUCGGCGCCGUCGCCGUCACCCUGGCGGGGACCCCCCGCCCCCCCCGGCCGGCCCUGCUCACCUUCCCCGACGUGGGGCACACGCACGAGUCGUGCUUCGCCCCGCUCUUCGCCCACGAGGAGAUGGGGGAGAUCGUCAAGAACUUCCUGGUGGUCCACGUCGACCCCCCCGGCAUGGAGGAGGGCGCCCCCCCCUACCCCCCAGGGUACCAGUACCCUUCGCUGGAGCAACUGGCCGAGAUGAUCCCCUGCAUCCUCCAGUACCUCAACAUCGCCAGCAUCAUCGGGAUGGGUGGGGCCGGCGCCUUCGUCCUGGCGAAAUUUGGGCUGCUGCACCCCGAGGCGGUGGAGGGGCUGGUGCUGGUCAACAUCGACCCCCAGGCCAAGGGCUGGAUGGACUGGGCCGCGCACAAGCUCUCGGGCCUGACGUCCUCCACCACCGACAUGAUCCUGGCCCAUCUCUUCACCCAGGAGGAGCUGUCGGCCGCCCCCCCGGCCGUGCAGAGCAGCCGGGCCCGGCUGGGGGCGACCCCCAACGCCCCCCUGCUGUGGGGCAUGUACAACAGCCGCGGUGACCUGGGCCUGGCGCGCAGCGGGGCCGGCAGCCUGCGCUGCCCCGUGUUGCUGGUGGUGGGCGACGGCUCCCCCCACGAGGAGGCCGUGGUGGAGUGCAACGCCAAGCUGGACCCCACCCAGACCUCCUUCCUCAAGAUGGCGGACGGAGGGGGGCAGCCCCAGCUCAGCCAGCCGGCCAAGCUGACAGAGGCCUUCAAGUACUUCGUGCAGGGCAUGGGCUACAUCCCCCACGUCCUGGACCGCAAGCGCAGCGUGGGGCCAGUGGCGGCGGCGGCCAUGACGCGCCUCUCCCGCUCCCGCACCGCCUCCGUCUCCAGCUCCGCCUCCGGAGAGGGCGAGCGGGGCCGCAGCCGCACCCUCUCCCGGGGCAGCCUGGGGGGGGGCGCCCCCGCCCCAUAGGACACCCCCCCCGCCCCAUAGACCCCGCCCCAUAGACCCCGCCCCAUAGACCCCGCCCCGCUUUGGGUUUGGAAGGCCACGGGAACCCCCCAAAAAAAACGCACCCGGGAAGCGCCAAAACCACUCCAG